UUUCAAAAAUCUUGCGCAUGUAAAUGCGCGUACUGCUCGACUCUCUGGGGACGAGGUUGGUCCAGAGGACAAUGGAGGGGGACGGGGGAAACCGUCUACAUAUAUAAACCUUCACGAGGAGCGCAUGCGCGCGCGUGCAGAAGUCUUUUGAAACGUGCGCAUUUCAUGCAUUUGGCCAUUUGGCCAUUUGGCCGGCUGCGCAAAUAGUUGUUUGACUGUCGAGACUGUUUGAGGCCCUGGGACUGGGUUUCGUGCUUCGAUUGUUGCAGUGUCAAACCAUGUGUCUUCCUCAAUGGAGUCUUCAGAGCCAACUGCAUUAGGGACGUCUGGGGAGCAGGACACUGAUUUGACUACAAAAGUGGAAAUGUCUGGGAAAGACUGUGUACCUAUGGAUGAAGGGGCAACAUUGCCACCAUCUGAGAUUGAAGGAACUCUUUUAAAAGAGUGUGUGGAACAAGGAGGGCAUAUUAUGAGUACACAAGAAUCAGUACCAAUAAACGUUGAAGGUAGCCCUGCCAUUGUAAAGGAAAUGGAUAUUCGUGCUGUCGAAACUGAAGAAUCUAUUGGCAUGGUGAAACAAAGUGAAAAACUAGCAGAAAGUGAGCCACAUGCAAUAUCGUAUUCGGUCAUAUCAGAAGAUAAUCACGAUCAAGAAAGCCAAAAAAGUUGCCAGAAUGAGUUAACAUCAGCUGUUUUUGAAGACUUGAGAGAUGGGUUUCAAUUUCAAGAGAAUGAUGGAAGCCUGUGCAUUCAAGAUGUUAAUAACACUGACAACAAAGAGAGUGUAGAGUCUGAACACAUAAAUACCAAUGAGGAAAUUCAAGGCAAUGAUUCAACCACUAAAAUGUCCAAGAUCAACCAUCAAGAUGUUCAAGGUGACAACCAUGAAGCAGAUGAUAGUUUAGGGUUGUUGCCGUCUACAUGCACCUUAGAUAAGAUAAAUGAAAGUCAGUUAACAAGGGACAUUGUGUGGUCAAGCACUGUUAGAAUGACUGAUGAAGAAUGUAAUACUGAUGGUAAUCUUCCCCAAAAUGCAAAUGACGUUGAACAAGAAAUAGACGGCACACAGGAUAAAAACAAAAAAAGUGUGCCCCCAAAAGAACUAACAAAAGAUGACAUAAAAAUUGCAAGUAAAUCUGAAGAACUUGAAGAGAAAAUGGAGACUUCUUUGGAAAAUGUUGAUCACAAUGAUACAGAAAUAGAGAGAAUUGAAGAGAAAAAUGAGAUUGGCGUAGGAAUUACUCAAUCUUUUGAUGAAGGUGAUGAUGAAGGUGACAAAUCUGGAGAGAACUUUAAGCUUGCAACACAUGAAGCAUCUGAUGAUAGUGAGAGUGGAACAAGUAAAGAACUAGCUGUGGAUGAUGUUUCUGGUUGUCAUGAUGUGGUCGCAAAGUCACCUAUCUCAGAAGUGUCAGAGGAAGGCAAAAUCACUUCCAAGGCUAGUUUAGCAGAGAAACGUGGCAAGAUAUCAUCUAAAGGAUUCAGCUUGGGUAACAUAGUAUCUCGACUACUCAAAUUUCAGGUGGAAUCCAAACAAGAGGAAGGGGAUGUCAGUGAGUUAAAGGAAACAGGGGAAUCUGUUCCAGAAAAGACUCAGUCUAAGCGUAGUGAGCAGAAACAACAGGGCAAACAGAUGAGAGCAGCAGCCCAUGCAGCAAUGAUGAUGUAUAAUGAUGACGACUAUAAUGAAGAGGAGGAGGAAGAAGCCACUAAAGAGGAUGACGUCCCUCAGCAACCUCAAGAAAGUCAAUCAAAGGACAUGACUGACUAUGCCAGCAACACCAUGGAUGAACUGCUAGGUCUCUACGGAUAUGAUCAACUGAAGAAGAAUGAGUGUGAUGGUCUUCAGCUUAGUAGCAGUCUGUCACAGAGCAAGAUUCCAAUCACAGGCAGUGUCACUGGUCUAAAACAAAACCAGAAACAGAAUCAAACUCCCAAGCCAUCUCAAGAGGAUACUGGUUUGGUCAUUUCUAAUGUUACAUCUAUGGCACCUUCUCAAGACAUUGUGGAUGACACAUUCCAGGAGGCGUCUGAAAAGAAGACUACCUACUGUGCUGAGUGCAGUCUUGUUGUGGAUGACACAAUCAUGUUAGUUGCUUCAAAUCAAAGCUUCUGUUCUCAAGUCUGUCUUGACAAUCACCAAGGUCGACAGACAUUAGUGUGUGACUACUGCUGUGGUAUGAUCACUCAAGCAGCAACACAGAAGUUUGUGAGGGAGACACAAGAAGGACAGAAGCAGUUCUGUUCUCAACCCUGCUCUGAAGAGUUUUCCAAGAGAGUUAGGAACUGUAACACUUGUGGUAAAGAGAUCUCCAAGGCCUCUGAGGGUAUUCUUGCUCCAGUUGGUUCAGGAGGCAAGUUUGUUGACUUCUGUAAGCAAGAAUGUGUCGACAACUAUGGAAAGAAGCCUUCAGUUGGUCAGCAGGUUGCAGGCAAACAGGAUGGUGGUCAGCCCAAGUAUUGGGCUCAAGACACAUUCUUCAUUUGUGCCAUCUGCAGUAACUAUGCCAAGGCCAAGCAUGUGAUCAGUCUACAGGGCAAACUGAAUGGGCUAUGCUCCACUGACUGCUUCACAAAGUUCAAAGAAAAGAACCAGUUAGCAUUCUCACUUUGCAGCCAAUGUAGUGCUCUCUGCUCAAAUCCGAAGAUGAUGAGAAGUAUUGAGAUAGAGGGCAAAAUACACCGCUUUUGUAGCAUGAGGUGUUUCAAGAUGAAACUCAAACGUUCCAUGAGCACAAUAACGUGUGCUGCCUGCAAGAAGCCUAAUUGGGCACAGAGUAUGAUAGAGGAAUGGAAUGGAACAGAACUUGUGCGUUUCUUUUGUUCAACUGCAUGUCUCAGCAAAAGAGAUACCAUCCCCUUUACAUCUUCCCAGAAUGCUGUGCCAACCAGUAAGCCCUUGAUACAGCAACCUGCUGUCAAGACUCAGCCUCCAUUUCUAAAACUGCAGAAGCCUCAACAAACACAACAGACCUCACAAGGUAGCAGUACACGUCCAACUUCAGCCAGUGGUAACAAGUGUGACCAUUGUUCCAAGCAGCAACGUCCUCAAUAUCAUCUGACUAUGUCAGAUAAUAGCAUUCGUAACUUCUGCACCUAUGGCUGUGUGAUUGCAUUUCAAGCCCAGUUCAAUGUGCCGCCUGUCACUCUACCACAGGAGACUUUACAGCUAACAUGUAGUCAAUGCCUCCAAGGGUUCUCCAACAAACCACUGCCUUUGGAAUUUAAAGGUGUUGUCAAUGUUUUCUGUGCACAAAAUUGCUUGGACGAAUUUAAGAGGGUAAACUCUGUUGUUGUUGAGUGUGAUUAUUGCCAUCUAGAGAAGAUUCUACAGGAGUGCAUUUACUUCUCAGGCCAGGCACGCAGCUUUUGUAGUGAAGGGUGCAAGUUACUAUACAAACAACAGUUUGCACAGCGAUUAGGGCUGCGCUGCACUGUGUGUGAUUAUUGUGCACAGACCUGUCGUAGUAGAGUGGAACGUAUGUAUGGUAACCACAAGAAGAAAUUCUGCAGUAUGGCCUGCAAGUCCCAGUAUGAUAAAUGGCUGAGCAAGGGAGCAAAAUGUGAUGGGUGUAAGUGUACUGGACGUAAGCUCGAAGAGAGCUUUGUAUGGCGUGGUGAAAUGAAGAGAGUUUGCAACCAGCACUGCCUCCUGUUGUUCUAUACACAACAGAAUAUCCCAAAUAUGAACACACAAACACAGUCAACAAUACCUGCCAUUCAGCUCACUCAAGUUGCACCAAAAACUACCACUCCUGUUAUUACUAAUGUGGUUUCACUAGCUCCUGGACAACAGCAGUCAAAUGUCUCUACUCAAAAUGUGCCCUCCAAUAUUGUAAAAAAAUGUCACAAACAAACUCAGAUAACCACUGCACCUCCAAAAGUAUUGCGUCCUCCACCCCCUCCAGUGCCCUUGCCUCCUGCUCCUAAGAUGGUGAAGAACAAGAUGACCCUUGUUAAACCAUUCACUCAAACUAAAUCUGUCUCCUGCAGGCCCCUUACAUCUACCAAGGAAACCAUGACUGAUGAGCAGCAUCCACUGAUAAUUCCAGUUCCUGUCCCCAUAUUUGUGCCUGUGCCAAUGCACAUGUACACAACCCCUGUGCCACAUCCUGUUAGUUUGCCUGUACCUGUGCCUGUUCCUGUGUUUAUACCUGUUGCCUAUAACAAUGCUGACCGUCUGCUGGCAUCUAUCAAAGAAAUCAGUGAGAGGAUUCCAUCAGAUCCAUUAGAGGCAGAAAUGCUGAUGUUAGCAGAUGCCAUUGCAGGAGAUGAGAGAAGUAAAGGUGGUCAGGAAUCCAAACUAGUACCACUGGAAGCAAACAGCCUGCAAGCACUAGGUGAAGGCGAUGAGUUGGGAAGUCUGUCUUUGGAAGAUACAGAGGAUUCUGUACCUUCUCAGUUUGUAACUGACAAUAUCCUCAAGAUGGCUGCUGAUAUUGCUGAGGUUCUUGAAGAAGACCCAAGCAAUGACUUAGAAGAUGAUCUGAAUUCACUUCAAGCUGUAGAAGAAGCAAAAAUUGAUUUGCCAACAAGAAGUACUCGUUCCAAAUCAAGUAAAACAGCAGCUAGACGUGGACGCAGCCGUGGAAGCAAGCGCACUUGUGUUGAAGAAACUUCAGAUACAGUAGAACCCCUGCCACAAGUGAAACGUAGCAAAGAAGAAUCCCGUAAUACUAUUGGAGUUAAUGCUUAUCGUUACUUUGCCUUAAAGAAGAAACAAACUUUGACAGGAAAGGAGUUGAAGAGCUUUACAUGGAGCCCCAACCUGUUGGAAGUAAGCUCAGAGGAACUGUCAUACAUUCUAUGUUUGAUGUGCAAAGAAGGAGAGCAGCCGGAUGGAAAGAAAUAUUCGGCAGAUAUUCUACAUCUCAUCUUCCUGUCAAUACAGCAUCAUCUCUCUGAUAAUGGGCGUCCUGAAAAUGUCUUCACUGAUCAGUUUUACCGUCGGUUUACUGAUCUCCUGCAUGACGAGAUCAAAGAGUGGGUGGUUGAUCAACAUCCUGUUACUAAUGUUAUCUUGAACACAUGCAUCAAUGAGGAGACAUUGUGGAAUGCCAAACAGCUUGGAGCUCAUUCCCCUUACAUCCUGCUGAGCACAAUGAUUUACUUCAAUACCAAGCAUUUCCAGCUCAAAACUCUUGCAAAUCAUAAGGCAUUGGCAUUCUGUCGUAUCCAGAAACAAAUCCGUAAAGUGGGUGCAACUCGAUCAAUGUUCCUGAGAUACUAUCCAGCAGACCGAAAAAAAGCACUGAUAGAGCCAGCCGGAAAGAGGAAACGGGAUCGGGAUCCUGAUGUAGAAUGUACUCGACUGGAACAGCCUGAAAAUACAGAUAACCCUCUGCGGUGCCCUGUUAGGCUCUAUGAAUUCUACCUUUCAAAAUGCCCCGACUCGGUGAGAAGCCACAAUGAAUUAUUCUACCUUGUACCAGAGCGGUCCUGUGUCCCAGACAGUCCAGUGUGGUAUUCAAGUGCACCGUUGGCAGAGCAUGACAUGAAUAAUAUAACCCGCAUGCUGAUGGUGAUGGAUGUUCAUGAUUCAUGGGCUGAAAUGAAUGAGGAUGGAGAUUACUAACAGGUAUGAGAUCCUAAUGACAGAUGUCAUGCAGUGACAAGGAACAGCAGUAGAAGAGAAUGUACAUGUAUUUCAUGCUUUAUUGACAAAAGUUGAUUGUUAUGUAAAUAGUUUCUCUCCAUGUGUUGCAGAUAAUUAUCCACUGGUAGAUUAGCUAGUUACCCACAAUAAAUAUGUUUAACAAAUCUUUGCAAACCAUGUGAAUUUUGGAAAGUGUUCUGAAGUGCAUAAAGUGGAAAAAUAUAUUAGUCCUGGGAGAACAGUGAAUUUUCAAGUCAAGUAAUUUUGAAGAAACAAAAUUUCAAGUACAUGUAAUCAAGUACUCACGAAUAGGUAAUUAAAUUCUCCCAAAAAAGGGAGAAAAUGACAAUUGCAUGUGAGUCUAUGUAUGCAUCCCAAGUAACAAAAUAUAAAUAGUAUCUAAGUCGCAAUAAGUUCUUGCAGUUUUUAGGCUUUCUUACGGUGCAAGCUUUGGUUGCUUUUUGGUCAAAAAAUAGAAAAUCUGUUGAGAGUGGAAUGCAUCGCAGAGCCUGUCUAAAUGUCAGCCAGAGCAUUCAGCGAACUGAAUCUUGCAGUGCUUAACAAUAUAUCACAGUGCUUAAAUAUAUCUUUUUCUAGACAAAUCUAUUCAAAACAAUGAAUGAAAGGUUUGCGGAAACACCAUGUGCAAAAAAAUUCUCAACUAAGAGAAUGGUUCUGAAAAGAACCAGAGGUAUAAACUCGACGUUCCGGUCAGUAUGCUCUGACCGUCUUCAGGAGAGUGCCUAAACUCUAAGAAAGUAAACACGUAAGUAGCAAAAGCUAAAUCGAUGAAGUGUGAAGUUGCAUCCUGUGUGGAUGCCAAGUAGCUGGGAUCCUAGUGCAAGCUUGGCGUGCCCACUGAAGUGGAACAGUAGGGCUGCAGUCUCAGUAGAGGGAGGACCUAGGGUAAAAGAGACCCAUUAGUCUUAGGUGAUAGCAGACAACUUAGGGUAUAGGAGACCCAUCAGUCUUGAGGAGUGGGAGCCAGAUGUCGUUGAGGUGAAAUCCGAUGUCUUGCGGAACUGUGUUGUGCUUGCGGAUCUCGAUUGCUUCUCGUCUUGGAUGCGUCUUGGAUGCCAGAACUGGAUCGGGGCGGUGAGUUCAGCCGCAUCCCAAUCAACUUUGUGGUCGUUGAUGUGGGAAUGUUUUACAAUGGCCGAUUUGUCAAAAUCUCCUCGUCAACCACGUGCUCGGUGUUCCUUGAGCCUAGUGGGAUGGUUCCAACCAGUUUCCCCGAUGUAGACUUUGCUGUACUCACAUGGAAUGUGGUAGACUCCAUGGAGGAGAAGUCCUGCUGGUCCUUGUGAGUGUGGAGGGUGCCUUGGAGCUUGUUGCCAGAUGAGUGGUACACCGUGACACCGGCUUGUCGGAGGAUGCGUUGGAGAUGAUGAGAGGCUGGACCUAUGUACGGAAGAGUGACUGAGGGAGAUGAGGAGACCCGUUGGUCAGGUUUGCUGAUCUUGAUGCGGUUGGGUUUGUAGCCGUUCCGUUGUAGUGACGCCUGGAUGUGCUUGAGUUCACGCUUGAGGUUGUCUUGGUCGCAGACAUCAAAGGCUCUCUGUACUAGGGUCCGGUUGACCAAUGACUUGAUGCUAGGGUGAUGGAAUGACCUUUGGUGGAGAUAGCGGUCGGUGUGGGUUGGUUUCCUGUAGACGCUGUGUCCCAGGGUGCCAUCCGCAAACCUUUCAUUCAUUAGUAUCUCCACCAUGCAAAGCUUCAAAUCUUACUUGCUUAUUCAAAACAAGUAGGAACUAGAAGCUAAAUGUAUUGUAAAUGUUAACUUUGAUUCCGUGUAACGUACAGAAUCCAUUUUUAAAAUCAAAAUCUUUCACAAACAAUGAGGACAUGAGGUACAUGUAGUCUAGGAAUAUUGAUGUAUGGAACUCUCCCAUAACUUUGCUGAAGGAAUCAAUGUUAACAAAUGCAGUUUAUGUUAAUGCUUCGUGUCCUCAAAAACACAGCAGAACAACUGGUUUUUGUAUAACUGUAAGUAAAUUGUAAUAGGGGUGUUUAAUGGGUGUUUAUAUUGUCCCCUCCCCCUCUUAGUGGAUGUCUGUUCCCCCCCCCCCACCCACCCCUCCUUUUAAAUCUUAAUUUGAAAAAGAUUUUACUGCAUUAUUGAAAUGAUACCUUUAAUUUGCCUUCAGGGCCCCUUUAAAAAAUUAAUGCACCCAUAGGCGUCCCCCCCCCCCCCUCCACAAAAACUCUUUUAAAGGAUGUUUGUGUGGAUGUGUUAUCCUUUUAAAUGCUCUUUCCAAUUUUGUAACAUGCGGGCCAAGCAGCGUCUUAUAGACCUACGGUACGUAUACACACAUACGGCUGGACUCACAUGUACAAAUAUGUAGGUAUGCGUAGGCCACAAAAUGUCUCAGCCGCAUCCAAUGUUAACAACAAGGGGUUUUUUUUGGUUUUGUUUUUCCGUCUUCUCUUGGGAACGGUAAGACAUAAGGUUAGUUUCCUUUCGACCAGACCUUUGAAAUAGGAUAAGUAAAUAAUCCAAAACAUACAAUCUUCUGGGAUUUCAGGCCGUAAUACCCCUUUAAUUAAAACAACCAAAAUAAAAAACUUUGAAAAUAUCUGCUGAGUGCAUCAGAUCUCUUAAGAAGUGCGUAUCAAUGGAUACAAGAAAUUCAAAUGUGAUCAACCAACAUCUAGUUAUUGGGAUUUUUUUUUUACAGUUCCGUGGAUACUUAAUUUUUCCAAGUAUGAUAUUGUUUAUAAGUGUAAAAGCAUUUGUAAUUGUUAUUGAUCUUCUAUGUAUAGUAUGCUUAGAAUAAAACAAAAGGUGCUUUGUUGAUGUACGGUAGGAUUGUUGUAAGGAUACAAAAAUAAUGUAGCCUGAUAUUACAACUGUUAUUUCCACAUUGUGUAACCUUGGUGAUCAAUAUCUUGUGAAUACAUCUUGGUCUAUGUCCAACAGUCAGCUGUAUUAAAUUGUAAAGUUUGAAGUUAACUCAAUUCAGUACGUUCCAACUGCCCUUGUAGACUUAUCCUAUGUAUACAAAUUGAAAGGAUUUGGCUACAAAUUAAACAUACUGUCAUAAUGUAGAACGGCUUCAACAGA